UUUUUUGGGGGGUGUAGAGGCGGGAGGCUGCGCUGUGCCCACUCUCCUGACAGUCAGGCGCGUCACCUCGGGAACAUGGUGUAGGGAAGCUGGAAGCAGGAUCACCUGAAAUUCAAAUCCAAGGGACACCAGCCUGAAGACCAUGGUCUCGAAGCUGAGUCAUCUUCAAGUGGAGCUGCUGGGAGCACUGCUGGAGUCGGGACUAACCAAGGAGACCCUCAUCAAGGCGCUGAGCGAAGUGGAACCCUACGCGCUCCAGAGUGAAAGUCAACGCGCUAUCAAUGCUCUCCAGACAGAGAAAGGGGAACCCUGUCCCGACAUCCCCAAUGGAAUGGGGGAGUCCAGGUUAUCGGAAGAUGAAACCUCUGAUGACGGGGAGGAAUUUACCCCUCCAAUAAUGAAGGAGCUGGAAAACUUGAGCCCUGAGGAGGCUGCUCACCAGAAGGCUGUGGUGGAAAGACUAUUACAAGAGGACCCCUGGCGAGUAGCAAAGAUGGUGAAAUCCUACCUCCAGCAGCACAACAUCCCUCAGCGUGAGGUGGUGGACACUACUGGUCUGAACCAGUCUCACCUCUCACAACACCUCAACAAGGGCACUCCCAUGAAGACCCAAAAAAGGGCAGCCCUCUACACCUGGUACGUCCGCAAGCAGCGAGAGGUGGCCCAGCAAUUCACACAUGCUGGGCAGGGGAUCCUGACAGAGGAGCCCAUGGGAGAUGACCUGCCCACCAAGAAGGGAAGAAGAAACCGCUUUAAAUGGGGUCCUGCUUCACAACAGAUCCUGUUCCAAGCCUACGAGAGGCAGAAAAACCCCAGCAAAGAAGAGAGAGAGGCACUGGUGGAAGAAUGCAACAGAGCAGAGUGUAUUCAGAGAGGUGUUUCCCCUUCUCAGGCCCAGGGACUGGGCUCAAACCUGGUGACAGAGGUCAGAGUUUACAACUGGUUUGCCAACCGCAGGAAGGAGGAGGCUUUCCGACACAAGCUGGCCAUGGACACCUUCAGUGGACCACAGCCCACCUCUGCUGCCCCUCUGACUCCUCACAACUCCUCCCUCCAGCCACCAUCAGCUCUCUCACCCACCAAGGUUCACGGAGUGAGGUACAACCAGCAGCCAGCCAGUGAGGCAGAGUCCUCCAGCAGCAACCACCAUGUGAACAGCUCCAUGGUGACCACCCAAACCAUCCUUCAUCAGGUUUCUCCCCCUGGACUGGAGCCCAGCCAGAACCUACUGAGCACAGACACUAAGCUGGUCUCAGCUCCCGGAGGAACUCUCCCUCCUGUCAGCACCCUGACUGCCCUGCACAGCCUAGAGCAAAAUCCACAUCCUCUGAGCCAGCAAACUCAGAACCUGAUCAUGGCAUCACUGCCGGGUGUUAUGGCAAUUGGAGCUGGCGAGACCUCAUCCCUAGCACCAGCGUUCACCAACACAGGUGCCUCAACACUGGUGAUAGGCCUGGCCUCAACCCAGCCCCAGAGUGUACCUGUAAUAAACAGCAUGGGGAGCAGCCUCACUACCCUGCAGCCCGUCCAGUUCUCCCAGCAGCUGCACCCAUCCUACCAGCAGCCCCUCAUGCAGCAAGUCCAGAGCCACAUCAACCAGAGCCCCUUCAUGGCUACCAUGGCCCAGAUACAGAACCCUCACGCUCUCUACGGCCCCAAGUCUGAAGUGGCCCAAUACACACAUACAGGCCUCUUGCCACAAACCAUGGUGAUAACAGAUACAGCCAAUCUCAGCGCCCUGACUAACCUGACACCAACCAAACAGGCAUUCACACCCGAGUCGGAGACCCACACAGAGUCUGGGAUGCACACACCAGUGUCACAGGCUCCAACAAUACAUUUACAGAAUCAAGACACAACCAUCCAGCACCUUCAGCCAGGCCCUCGCCUCACCUCCAGCCCUGCUGCGUCCUCCAGCAGCCUGGUGCUGUACCAAAGCUCUGACUCCACCGACAGCCACAGCCAGCUGCUGCCAUCCACUCACAAUGUCAUCGAGACCUUCAUCUCCACACAGAUGGCAUCCUCCACUCAGUAAUCAUGACAACUAGCUCAAGAGUGACUGCCAGGACCAACCUGUCAGGUCCAGCUCCAACUGUGUUUGCCAUCACUGUCAUCACAACCUUCCACAGGAAGGAAAGGCUGCUGCACUCAGCUGACCUCCAGCCCGUACUGCCUCAUAUAAAUCACUUAUUCAGCUGCCUCCAUAAGAGAAGAUGUCUCAGGGUCAAGACAGAAGCUAUGGAAAGAUGAUGCUGGCACUAAAAUCCACUGCCUCCCAGAAAAACGAGCGAAUCCAACUCCAACAGCCAACCUAAAAUGACCAGACAUCCUGCCCCAGAAGGAUUCAAGACACGGAUUUGAAUGCAAUAUGGCAAAAAUGCCAGAGCAUGGAUGGGACUUUCAUUGUGCUCAGCCUCCAUCAAGCUGGAUCUGUACAAACCUGCCAAUACCAGCCUAAGCCAUGCAGGAAAGAGCAAAGCUGAGUUGCCAAAGAAGGGA